CCGGCAGCUUGGCGUGGUCCUUCUGCCGAAGCCAGGCUUUCGGCUCUCGUGUGCCGGUGCCUCGCGCCUCACGCGCCUCGGGUUUGCCGGUCUCAUGGCAGGCCUGACCCUGUUUGUGGGCCGCCUCCCGCCCUCGGCCCGCAGUGAGCAGCUGGAGGAGUUGUUCAGCCAAGUGGGGCCGGUGAAACAGUGCUUCGUGGUGACCGAGAAAGGGAGUAAGGCAUGUCGAGGCUUUGGCUAUGUCACUUUUUCUAUGCUGGAAGAUGCUCAGAGGGCCCUCAAGGAGAUUACCACCUUUGAAGGUUGCAAGAUCAACGUGACUGUUGCCAAGAAAAAACUGAGGAACAAAUCUAAGGAAAAGGGGAAAAAUGAAAAUUCAGAGUCCCCAAAGAAGGAACUGAAGCCUAAAAAAGCCAAAGUGGCAGAUAAAAAAGCCAGAGUAAUUAUUCGGAACCUGAGCUUUAAGUGUUCAGAAGAUGACUUGAGGACAAUAUCUGCUCAAUUUGGUACUGUUCUGGAAGUAAAUAUCCCUAGGAAGCCAGAUGGAAAGAUGCGUGGUUUUGCUUUUGUUCAGUUCAAAAACCUCCUAGAAGCAGGAAAAGCUCUCAAAGGCAUGAACAUGAAAGAAAUAAAAGGGCGGACAGUGGCUGUGGAUUGGGCCGUGGCGAAGGAUAAAUAUAAAGAUACACAAUCACUUUCUGCCCCAGGUGAGAAGAGCCAUGAACUUAACCAUCAGGAAUCAGUUAAAAAGAAUGGCAGGGAGGAAGAGGAUAUGGAAGAAGAGAAAGGUGAUGAUGAUGAUGAUGUUGAUGAAGAUGAGGAGGAUAAAGAAUCAAAUGUGACAAAGUCUGUGCAAAUUCGGAAGAGGGCAGUCAAGAGAGCAACCCCUGCAGAAAGCAGUGAAGAAGAUCAUUCUGAUGAGGACAGUGACCUGGAGGAAAGUGAUGGAAUUGGUGGAGAGGAACUGGCUCAGAGUGAUGCCAGCACUGAAGAGCAAGACGAUGAAGAUGUACAAGUCACAAAGAAAAAGAAGAGGAAAUUACCCUCUGAUGUGAAUGAAGGGAAAACUGUUUUUAUCAGAAACCUGUCCUUUGACUCAGAGGAAGAAGAACUUGGGGAGCUCCUCCAGCAAUUUGGAGAUCUUAAGUAUGUCCGCAUUGUCUUGCAUCCAGACACAGAGCAUUCUAAAGGUUGUGCAUUUGCACAGUUCAUGACUCAAGAAGCAGCUCAGAAAUGCCUUGCAGCUGCUUCUCCAGAGACUGAGGGUGGUGGGCUUAAACUGGAUGGCCGACAGCUCAAGGUUGACUUGGCAGUGACCCGUGAUGAAGCUGCAAAGCUUCAGACAAAGAAGGUGAAGAAGCCAACUGGAACCCGGAACCUCUAUCUGGCCCGAGAAGGCUUGAUUCGUGCUGGGACGAAGGCUGCAGAGGGUGUGAGUGCUGCUGAUAUGGCCAAAAGAGAACGGUUUGAGCUACUGAAGCAUCAAAAACUCAAGGACCAGAAUAUUUUUGUCUCCCGUACCAGACUCUGCCUGCACAAUCUCCCAAAGGCCGUGGAUGACAAACAGCUCAGAAAGCUGCUGUUGAAUGCUAUUAGAGGGGAGAAGGGAGUACGCAUCAAGGAGUGUAGGGUGAUGCGAGACCUUAAAGGAGUUCAUGGGAACAUGAAAGGUCAGUCCCUAGGCUAUGCCUUUGCAGAGUUCCAGGAGCAUGAGCAUGCCCUGGGAGCCCUUCGCCACAUCAACAACAAUCCAGAAAUCUUUGGGCCUCAGAAGAGACCAAUAGUGGAGUUCUCUUUGGAAGAUCGAAGGAAACUUAAAAUGAAGGAACUAAGGAUCCAGCGCAGCCUGCAAAAAAUGAGAUCCAAGCCCGCAACUGUUGAGCCCCGGAAGGAGCAACCAAAGCCUGGAAAAGACCAGCAACAGAAGGCAGCCCAAAACCACACACAGAAACAAAGCAAGGCUCCGCCAGAGCAGAAGGGGAAAGCGGACUCUACCUACUGGGCAGGGUUCCAGACCAAGGCCGAAGUGGAGCAGGUGGAGCUGCCUGAUGGAACGAAGAGAAGAAAGGUCCUGGUGCUGCCUUCACACCGAGGCCCCAAAAUUAGGUUGCGGGACAAAGGUAAAGUGAAGUCUCUCCCUCCACCAAAGCCAAAGUCCCAGGUAAACCAGUGGAAGCAAGAGAAACAGCAGUUAUCUUCCAAGCAGGUACCGAAGAAAAAAGCUAAGGGAAAUAAAACAGAAACCCGCUUCAAUCAGCUGGUUGAACAAUAUAAGCAGAAAUUAUUGGGACCUUCUAAAGGAGCACCUCUUGCAAAGAGGAGCAAGUGGUUUGAUAGUUGAUGAUGCCAGCAGACUGGAUGAGAAGCUGGGUUGUGUAUGUUUUGGUGAAGCUCCCGGACUCCCUCCACCCCCCAUGUCUUUUACUGAGGGAAAGAAAAUCCCCAAGGGCACUGCCGCUCUGCUUGGAGGCUCUCUGGGCUGUGCACAUCUGAACUUUCGUCCCUCCUCCAGUGUGUGGUUAGUACUAUAGUCACAAAGAGAAAUAUCUGAAAAACAUCAUGAUGCUUCUUGAAUAUUAUCCAGAGUAUCGUGUGAAGUUAUGUCUGUGAUUAUUACCCAUUUUUAUUCUUUGUUUCUCAGAUGGAAACAGUUGUAAAAAGUGCUGAAUUUUUAAGAUGUAUAUUUUGUUAGGCAACCUCUGUAAGUGUGGCUUUUUAAUAACAGACUAUCUCCCAUUUCUAAUAUAUGUGAAUACUUUAUUAUUUAUGAACGUUUUUGACAUUCCUAACUAAUUCAGUUGCAUAGUCCUCCAUACUGCAGGAGUUGACUGAGAGCAGAGAAAAAUGCUUUCUAACCUAAUCUCUGAGUUUGGGAAAUGCCUGAUAAGUAAUUGAGGGCUGCAGCCUGGCAGAGAGCAGCACGUGGUGAGUGUGUGCCAAGUGAGGAGGAAUGUUGGCCGUUGACUGGAAAUCAGUUUGGAGGCCCGCAGACACUGGCCUAGCUAGUGAGGAUUGCAUCUCUCUCUUAGAGCACCUCCUCCUGAGGACUUACAGAACUUGUGGACAUGGUGGAGAAAGCAGGGAGCGUGAGGCCCAGGCUGUAGCCUAACUUGCAUCGUGCUGUGAUCUAGAGGCCGUCUCUCUGGAUCUUAGUUUCCUCAUCUGUAGAAUAGGGAAUUUAAAUGUUUCCUUUGAUCCUUCCCAGCUCAGAACUCUUUUUCUAAUUCGUAUCUGUCCAUAUUCAUAUUUUCUAAAUUUUAGAGGUAUCACAAAAGCUGGGAGGGUUGGUUAAUGUUAGAGAAUCAAGGCCCACAAGGAUCCUGAUGGCAUGAAGGAAUGGACUGAGUCUGAUAAGAUGAAAAUCACUUGGGACAAACAUAAAUCCCCAUUCUUGGGUAUAAAACCCAACUGUACAACUUCUGCUGGGAGAGUUUUAGUCAAUUGAAUUCACAUUAUGAAGCACCAGUCUGCCACCGCACGUAAUAGGACUGUUAUUCUGUAUUAGUAGACAUGUGAUGUCUCAACUGAGAGAGCUGCUAGUACUCUGAGCUGGCCAGAUUAUACCUGUAAGAUAAACGUAGUAACCAAGUUGGUAAAGGAAAUCAAAUUGUCAGGUGGGGGGCUGGCCUGUGGUUCACUUGGGGGAGUGUGGUGUUGUAUAAGUACCGCGCGCUAACCGAUUGCGCCACUGGAGCUCCGGGGGAGUGUGGUGUUGAUAACACCAAAGCCACGGGUUCGGAUCCCUAUAUAGGGAUGGCUAGUUAGCUCAGUUGGGAGAGCAUCGUGCUGACAACACCAAGUCAAGGGUUAAGAUCUCUUUACCGGUCAUCUUUAAAAAAAAAAAGUCAGAUGGAAGCAGAAUUGGUCACGAGUUGAUUGUUGUUGAAGCUGGCCAUGGGUCAGUUGAGAUUUGUUAAACUAUUCUCUCUGCAUCUGUGAACAUUUGAAAUGUUCCAUAAUGAAAAGUUAGAAAAGUCACAUGAGUAACUGAAGGAAACUGGUACUGACUUGCCUGAGAAAGGAAUUCUUGGGGUGUAAUAGCUGUUAGUAGAGCCCAGAAGAAUAUAUACAGAGACAGAUGAGUAAAAGUCACAAGGAAUCAGAUUUUGGCUUAAUAUAAGGAAGAAAUUUUUAAUGUAGCUGUCAGAGGGGAUGAGUCAAUCUCUGGAACAGUCCAAGUGUAGAUAUGGUAAGUCUAUUACAUUGUGCAAGGGACUCUGAUAUGAGAGGGUUGGGCUAGAAGAGAGGGUAAGGAUCAGUCAAUGCAUUAAUGUUUGGCCCCAAGAUGAUCUGAAGACAUGCCUCAUGUCUCACCACAGCCCCCUCUGAGAUCCCUUUCCAGAGAAUAUCUGGCUGUCAUCCUCUAUGUAUUAUCCUUCACACACCUGGUCCUCAUUGUCUGCCCCUUGAUAUGGCUUAGCCCCUGCUUAAAACCCUCCAGUGGUUUCUCAUCUCACUUUAAUUGAAGUCUCAACUCCUUCCCAUAACACAUAGUGCCCUAGGCUGUCCAGCCUCAUCCUCUCUCCUACCUCAUCUUUAUCCACUCUCUCCUCUUUGCUCGGUUUUGGCCGUUCAGGCCUUCCUUCCUUCAGUUCUCUUGACUCUUUACCACCUCAGGGCCUUUGUAGCUCUGCCUUCUGCCUGGAAGCUUUUCCCUCAGAUCUUCUGCUUAUCACUCAGAUCCCCACUGGGCCAUCUCCUCUUGGGCUCGUCCCUGUCUAAAGUCGGGCUUGUGUUCCUCUCCCCUCUAUUCUGCCCAAUCACUGAAUUCUGUUAGCCUGUUUAUUUUCUUUCUAGCACUAACCUCUAUCUGGAAUUAUUCAUCUCCCCAGUGACAAUGUAUGCUUUGUGAGAGGGACUUUAUCUCCCUUGUUUGCUCCUGCAGACACAGCACCUAUUAUUGACCCUGGCACAUAGUAGGUAUUGAAUAGAUACAAGGAUAUUUCAAAAAGUUAAUGGAAAAAUGGAAUUAAAAAGAUGAUACAAACCUUCCCAUGAACUUUUUGAAGCCCCUUGUAUUUGUUGAAUAAAAAAAAUAAGGGAGGAAAGGAAGAACAGUACUCAGUGGACAGAGGAAAAAGUUGAGAACAUAGCCCAAAGGUCUAGAUUCCCUAGUCCAAUUCAGUGCUUUCACUGAACCAUUGCUAAGCUAGGAUAUGGCUAUUUCAUUGCAAUACCUUGAGAAAUGAAUGAAGGCUCUAAAAUGCCCUCAAUUGGUUUAGAAAUGAAGGGAGGCCAUGAAAAUAUUUAAACCUUUUGUCUUUUUCGUUACCGGCACUCAGCCAGUGAGUGCACCGGCCAGUCCUACAUAGGAUCCGAACCCGCGGCGGGAGCAUCACUGGGCUCCCAGCGCUGCACUCUCCCAGUGCGCCAUGGGCUCGGCCCUAAACCUUUUGGAGAGAAUGAAAGGACAGGUACUCUAUCUUCAGGGUCACCUUGGGACAGGUGACAUGGGUGUUGCAGUAGCCUGGCAGCACAUCUGUUGUAGGCUAGUCUGUAUAGUAAAGUCUGUAUAGUAAGGAGAAUAGUUAUAUCAUUUUAUUAAGGGUAUCAAAAUAGCCACAGCCUGCCUGUCAGGUGAUCAAUUUUCCCUUGGCCAACUCUAUCUGAUCACCAGACACUUUCUUAAUAUACAAAAAUCUUCAACAUUCAAAAAUAUAUCUUAACAUUUAGGAUAGAUAAAAAUUGGUGUUCAUUCAGAUAGUGUUGCCAGAUUCUCUUAGGUCCAGAUAUUUCUUCUAACAGCUUUAGCAACCCAGUAUGUUAAAAUAUUCAGUUGCUUGGAAAGUUAUUGCACAGUUCUUUAAAAGAGUAAUAUGAGGAUGAGUCAUCUUCUUUCCCAACACCCAGAUUCCACAUAUGGUGGCUUCCUUUGGGACACCUUGCCAUGGGUUAUUUGGUCAGCUCCAUUGACCCCUUGCCUUGGAAAUGUUAACUCAGUGAGGGUUGUGCUCCCUCUCCUUCAAUUUAGAGCCUGAUAUUUCAGGAAGUGGAGUGUUCUUUUUUUUUUUUUUUUUGGGACCGGUAAGGGGAUCGUAACCCUUGGCUUGGUGUCGUCCACACUGUGCUCAGCCAUUGAGCACACCGGCCAUCCCUAUAUAGGAUCAGAAACCGUGGCCUUGGCGCUCCCAGCGCCACACUCUCCCAAGUGAGCAACGGGUUCGGCCCGGAGUGUUCUGAAUUAACAUGAAGGUUGAGGUAUAGACUGCUUGGUUAAAAAACAACAGCAAAUAUUUGUUAACAUCCAAGACUGAAGGCCAGCGGUCAAAACUAUCAAGUUUCAGUAGCACUUUUCUGCUUGAUUACACAGUAGCCUGGUUCAGGGAUAUGACCUUUAAAUAAAGUCUUAAAAUGA